CGGAGAACCCGAGCAGGUAUCAUUUAAAACCAACCUGUGUGUCAACUUAUCACUGUGGUAGAACCAUGACCGAGGUGGCGCAGGUUGCGGCUGUAGUCGCCCACGACAUUGAUGACUUCGCAAAUGAACAGAAUGAGAGUGAUGCCGAAAGCAAGGAAGUCAAUGUGACAAACGAAACGGAAGAAGCGGAGGUCAACGAACACAAUGACAGGCCCAAGGAGGAAAGUGAGGAGGAGGCGUCACACACAGAAGACAGUCCCAAGUCUCACCACACUGAUGGCAAGGACAGGAAUGAGACUGAAAAGACACAGGAGAAUGGAGUGGAAGAAAAUGACACAGCAGAGGAGAAAAGAGCUGGACCUAAAGCUAUAAAUGGUAUCACUACAGAUGCAGAGAAAGAAAACAAGGAACCGGAUGUAAAUGAAGACCACGAUCUGUCGGAUUUGGCUUUGAAGAAAGAGAAACUUAUGCGAUCCCGUAAACCUGUGGCCAGAAGUUAUGUGCCCAAGAUGAACAAAGAGAAGGGAGAUGUGACGGGCAAGUUCGAGGCCAUGCAGAAGGCCAGGGAGGAACGCAACCGGCAGAGGAACCAAGAUGAGCAGCAGAAGAGGAAGGAGCAAUACAUCAAGGAAAGGGAGUGGAACCGCAGGAAGCAGCAGAUAAAAGAGCUACUCGCUUCCAGUGAUGAGGAAGAAGAGGUGAAGCCAGCAAAGGUUGAAAAAUCUUAUGUCCCCAAAAUUACAGGUAGUGUAAAGGGGAAGUUCGCAGAAAUGGAAAAGCAAAGACAAGAGGAAGAAAGGAAGAGGAUGGAAGGAGAGAGGAAGAAACGGGAAGCCCAGGACAACAUGGAAAAAGCUAAAAUAAAAAAGGAACUAGCUCAGAAAGCAGCAGAGGAAGGCGAUGACACAAUCCUGGUUCGUGUGGUUCCAGCGAAGUCGUCCCGACCUCCAGGCAAAAUCAAGAUGAACUUUGAGGACAUGGAGAAGAACCGAGAGGAGGAACUGCAGAAAAAGGCAGAGGAAGAAAAAAAGAGACGAUAUGAUGAACACAAACGCUCUUUUAGGGAAGCCAAGCGGCGCUCUGUUGUUCAACAGGAUGAAGAGGAAAAGCCUGAAGAAAAGGCGCAGGUGACUCCUGGAAAACUAAAGCUGACGUUUGAGGAGAUGGAGAAGGAAAGGCAGGAAGUGAGACGGAAAAAAGCAGAGGAGGAGGCCAAACAGCGCCUGAUGGAUGAGAAGAAAGCUUUUGAGGAGGCGAGGCUGGAAAUGGGUGAAGACGAGGAGGACACUCAGUCAACUAAGGAGGACAAGGACGAGGUCCGACCUGGAAAACUCAGGUUGAGCUUUGAAGAACUGGAGAAGCAAAGGGUUGAAGAAGUCCGCAAGAAAGCAGAAGAGGAAGCCAAGAGGAGGAUGAAGGAGGAAAGAAGAGCGUUCGCUGAAGCCAGGAAGAGCAUGCUUGUAGAUGAGGAUGAUGAGGUGCUGAUGGCCCUACUGAACCUGGAGGGAAGUAAACCUGGUAAGAUCUGUGCCAGUUUUGAGGACCUCGAACGCCAAAGACGAGAGGAUGAACACAAGAGGGCAGAGGAAGAGGCCAAGAAGAGACUAGAGGAGGAGAAGAGGCAAUUUGCAGAAGCUCGCAAGAGCAUGAUUGUGGAGGAGGAGGAGGGUGAGCUUUUGAAGACCGAGUCUCAGGAAGCGCUGAACCCCAGAAAACUGGAAAUCAACUUUGAAGAGCUACUAAAACAGAAAGAAGAGGCAGAGAGGAAACGCAAGGCAGAGGAACGCAAAAAGAAACUGGAGCAGGAGAAGCAGGAGUUUGAACAGCUCAGACAAGAGAUGGGCGAGGAUGAAGUCAAUGAAAGUGCAGAUCUGGUCAGCAAAGAAUAUGAAGAGCUGACAAAGCUCAAGAGGACUGGCUCCAUCCAGGCCAAAAACCUGAAGUCCAAGUUUGAGAAGAUCAAGCAGCUGACUGAAGAGGAAAUUCAGAAGAAGAUUGAGAUGGAGAGAGCACGGAGGAAGGCCAUUGAUGAUGAAAUUAAGGAGAGAGAAGCAGAGCGGUUCCAGGAUGAUGAGGAGACUGAGACGACUCAAGCGAGGGCUGAGGAGUUGCCGUUCAAACAGAAGGUGGAUAUGCGAGCCCGAUUUGAACAAAUGGCCAAAGCCAGAGAGGAGGAGGAGAAGAGGAGGAUAGAGGAGCAGAAACUACAGAGAAUGCAGUUUGAACAACAAGAGAUCGAUGCAGCCCUCCAAAAAAAGAAGGAGGAUGACGGUGACGAGGAGGGAAGCAUUAUCAAUGGGUCUGCAGCGUAUGAAGACGAGGAGGACCACGCCAGAUCAGGGGCUCCGUGGUUCAAAAAGCCCCUUAAGAAUCAAUCGGUAGUGGACUCAGAGCCCGUUCGAUUCACAGUAAAGAUCACCGGGGAGCCGAAGCCGGAGGUGACCUGGUGGUUUGAGGGGGAGAUGCUGCAGGACUGUGAGGACUAUCAGUACAUAGAGAGAGGAGAGACAUACUGCCUGUACCUGCCAGAGACCUUCCCAGAGGACGAAGGGGAGUACAUGUGCAAGGCUGUGAACAGCAGAGGCACCGCCGCAAGCACCUGCAUCCUCACAGUGGAAAGUAAGACCACCUUGGUGUGAUUGCAUGCAUGACUCCUCCAUUCUGGACCUCAGUGUCUUUAUACGAAGUGGAUCGCAUGCUCCUCUUCCUCAUGAACUCAGGCUGACUGGCAGAUGUUGAUAACUCCACCUCUGUUUUCUCUUUUACAGCUUAUGACUACUGAUGCUCUUCCAUAUUCUGGAAACUUUCCCUGUUGUCUCUCACUCCUUUUUGUAAAACCGACGUCCCUCACUUUACGGUCGAACAACAGAGGGAGCAAAACAGCAGUAUGCUUGGCAUUCCUAAGGGAGGGAUACAUAACACAAAAACGAUUGAAGAAUUUGUUUACGUAUUGCUCAGUUGUAAAGCUGCACUCCCUGUUAGACUAGGAUUGUAUGUGUGCCAAAAUGAGACAUGAUCCUUGUUCCCGACUGACUUUCAGUGCUGGAAAUGUGUCACUGUAUUUCUGAUACUGGUCAUUUAAAUGUCACGUUAUUUAUUGUAAAUAUCACAAUUCAUGGUCCAUGUGUUACAAACAUUUCUCCAAGGGGUGAGGAUAUAUGAAGAGGGAAAUGUACUGGUUUGAAAAAACAAAACAUCCUCUCAGCUCAACAAAUGAAUCAAAUGCCUUCAGAUCUCAGUCCCUGUUACUCUUUAAUAAUACUUUCAUAUAUUUAUGGUAUUAUAAUAACAGCUUCUAAUUCUUCUAUAACUUAACAAGCAUGCUGUUAGUUAUCACCUAUUUGGAUAAACACAGUCAAUUAUCUGGCAUUUUAGUCCAUGAUAUACUGCAGGAAUAAAAUAAUUUAAAGUCUUGUGUGCAUCUUGAUUUUAAUAUUUUUUUUGUUUCAAUUGCAGCAUCUCAAAAAAUAUCUUGAUUUUAAUGUACCAAUCUUUUUCAAUUGACUUGUAAUACUUGAUACAGUUGUCAGAAUUCAGUUGUGCUGCACAGUAGAUUAAUAACCUGUUGUUUGAUAAUGUUAAAAAAAAAUUUAGAAUAGCCUGAAUACUUGUCAUAUUAUAAAUGGAAAUGUUUUAAUAAAAGGAACAAAAUC